AUGGCCACUUCCGUUUUUCCUGAGCCAGUCGGAGCAAUGAUUACACAGUUUUUUUCCUUCGAGAGCCGUCUGGACGAGUUCCUCUUGAUAAUUCCAUCACUCGAAGCGGGCGAACUGGUUCUCCGUACUUAUCAAGAGGAACUCGUUCAGACGGCUCUCGAAGGAAAAAACUGUGUAAUCAUUGCUCCGACUGGCUCAGGAAAAACGGAAGUGGCCAUUUAUGCGGCGAUGAAGCAUAUCUCGAGAAGAGAAGCGUUUGGAGAGCAUUCCAGAAGCCGAUCGGUUGGCUGCAUCGUGUCUCAUCGCGUCGAGCAGUCCGUAGUACCAUUCAUCACGGUCUUCUGGUUUACGGUGUGUCAUGUCGAAUCCGGGAAUCGUCAAGAAGAGAAUCAGGGUUCUGGAAACCAAAUUGAGUUUUAUAACGUUGACGAACAAUAG